AAUAGGAAGAAUGAAGUAACUGUAUGGUUAAAAACUUAGUGAUAAAUCAUUUCAUUGUAAUUUUAUAUUUUAUGGUAAAUGCUGAAGAGUUUUUUUCUUGUUUUUAUAUAUGAUAUGUGAUAUGGUAGAAAUAACAUGAUAUGUACAUUUCAGCUUAAAUAGUGGAUCUGAAUUUAUUUUAUUAGUCUUAAAACAUUUUCUGAUGUCAAACAAUAAUCAUGUGUUUGACAUUUUUUUGCAUUGAGUUAAGUUCUUCCCGCAAAAAUCCAGAUAUAGAUCUAAUUGGCAGUGACUUGAUAGGUAGGACUAUCUGCAAGAGGGGGUACAUAAAAAAAUAAUAAAAGUUUAAGAAAAUCUUAUACAACAUACUUCAAAAUGAUCAAAUCAAGACUUCUUCAUUAUAUUCCGCCUUAAAUGUUAUAUUUAAACAACCAAAGUUAAUUUUUUAAUUGUUUUUCAUAAUUUAAAAUUUUAGGUACUAUCUCUAUAUCUGAUACCUUCUUUAUUUGCAUUUGUAUAAAAAAGUGGUAUUAUUUAUCUGAGACAUAGAAAACAGUUUUAGUGUGAUCUUCAAUGAAAUUCAAAUUUUGGCGCUAUUAACGGAUCAUAGACUACCAACCAUUCUUCAUUGAAUAGCGUAGAUGAUAAAAUUUACGGUGACGUGUUUUGCAAAAGGGCAAAAGUUUAUCGUUAUUUACUUUGCCUAUAGAAGUUUUACCUUUACAAAACAGCGAACCAUUACUUAUGACUGACGGUUUUAAAUAUGAAAUUAUAUAUAAAACGUUUUACCAAAGUGAUUUUAAAUGGAUAUUUUGGUAGUAACAAAGUUUUGCAUUAUACUGGCAUACAUAAGUCAUGUGAAUACAGACUUAAAAAUUAAUGUGACAAAAGCACAGUGUGGACGCACGUUUGACAUAGCAGCCGAAGAGAGCCUCGUUUUGGACUACGACGGUGGUGAUCUAGGUCAAAAUAAUGGCGGCCUGUGUGUUAUUACUGUGCAGAACAAUAAUAAUGAUACCAUGAUAUGUAUACAAACGAAUUCUACACGGACUCGUCAUUGUUCGUCAGUUUUUAAUUAUCAUGUUGGAAACACUCCUCCAGGCCUUCAUACUAUAGGCUACACAUGUCAUGAUUUUUAUGUGCAUCCUCUUUGUGCUCGGAGAACUCCUGUUUUUGCCGCUUUCCGGCCGCCCACAGAUUUUUCCAUAGCACGCGUAAAUGUAGCAAUAUAUAUAGCGAACCAAACUUAUUUUACCACAUCGACAUCGUCAUCUUUAUUGACAGAGUCUGAAACAUCUAACAUAAUUAUUGGAUUAGUCGUUGGUGUUGUCUCUAUUGUAAUUUUAUUAGCUGUAUGUGCAACAUAUAGAAGAAGAAAGAAUAUGUCAGAGGACCAACUAGAACAGAGUUACAAUAUGUACAGCCAAGCUAACCAACCCUCGUGUCAGCAAGUUGUGUCUUCUGUUUCACAACAAUACUCUCUCAAUACAGAAGUAUCUGACUACCAGACGUCCAUACAGCAGGGUGGACACCACGUCCAUCCGGCUGCAAAUAUUACUGUAACUGGCUACGAUGAAAGGACGGCGAGGCAAAACAACUCCAGUCCACCACCAGGUGGUAUAGACCAGAGCGAUCCUCCACCUCCUUAUCCAGGUUACUGACUUAGCAAUGAGACAAGCACUUCUUUAUUUUGCUCAGUAUAUAGAACAGGCACAGCGCCAGCUGGUUCUCACUUAGAGACAUGACAUUGAAGAGGCAUGACACGUGGAUAUCUUUAAAAGAAUGCUCAUAUAAGAAUGCUCAUAUUAACAGCAAUUGAUUCAGUUUAAUGAUAGGACUUGAAGAACGUAGAUAUUACAUUAUGUGAUAGAUGAGUUGUUACUGCCAGAUGCAGUUUUGAAUUUUGGAAUGUGUUUGUGGUUAGUUUGUUCGUCAGAGAAUCUUAGUAGAUUAGCAGAAUAAAUUCAGAACAUUUUAUACCAAACUAAAAUAAUACAAGCGCAAUGCCUUGCCGCAUUUUUACAAUGCCCCUAUUACUAUGUUGCGAGUGUUUAGUAAAACAUUCACAUUGUUUUAGCGGUUAUAAUAAAUUUAUGAACCUCAAAGCUUGUGUUGUCUCAUUAAGUGUCACUGAUACGUAUUGUUCCUCUUCCCAAAUUAUCAUUCUAAUAUUAGAAGUACUCACGGUAUUGCCUUUACCAUUUUAUAUGUGUUUACUGGUUGGCGACCCAGAAUUUCGGACGACCCAGAAAAUCGAACAGUCGCGUAAACGCUUAUUUUGGCGUAUAUUUUUAUCAUUUCUUGACAAGUACAUAGACGUUUGCAUUAUGUGCAACAUAAUCUGCAAUAAUUGCAAAUCAGUAAGUUAAACUUUCAAAAAUGGAAUAUUUACAUUUGUUGACGAAAUGUUGUGACAGCUCUCGCUGGGGGAAGCUGCAUGUGCUUUCAUUGCUCAUGCGCAUACAUGUCUUGAUGCCCCAACAUUAUUCAAGGGGAACUCAUCUACAAUCAAAUAAAUGAAGACGAGAAAAUUGCGUGUUAUAAAACAAGUAUCAAUGUUUUCCCAUUAUGCGUUUAAACCAAAUUGUUUUACUUAAAAUUUUGUGUCGUAUCUAGGCCAGCUGGAUUUUUUAAACUCUUAGCAGCAUCAAACAUUUACAGUUGAAUGUAAACAAGGUAAACAAUACUAAAAUGUCUUUUUAUCAUUAAAACCGACCUAAACGCGAUUCUGCCAAACAGAAGUGAGGAUAAUUAGUAUUUUCCUACUGUCCGAUUUCUCGGUCCUGCAACACGCUGAAAACGUUAAAUUUACGUACCCUCUUUCUGGCCUCAUUGACGUGUUUAGUUUAUUUUUAUAUAAAAACAAAUUUGUGUUCAGCGACACCGAAGACUGAACUUGAUUCAGGUAUCAACUUCCCCGAAAAAUACUUAAUCAUUUUGAGGAAUUUAAAAAUUUAAAGCCAGUUAUAUCUAAGUUAUAUUUGUCAUAUCCCAUAUUUUCCUUUUAAUCUACUAGAACACUAUACAAGUUCCGUCCGUGAAAAUAAAUUUCAAAGUGGAUGCCACUUUAACUCAUAAUAGAUAUUAAACACUUUCAGCGGGAAAUAUACUCGAGAUAGGAUGAAGGAAAGUAUAUCUGUCUCUGCGCACGUGCCUUUCACUAUAUUCUAACUUGACAAUUGCCUAUGGUGGAAGAAAAUAACUUUGCGGCUAUGACAACACCAAGAAAUAUGUAUGUGCAGCAAAUUGAAGCUGUUUUGGAGGAGGGAGACCUAGUAGAGUUCGUUAGAGCCAACGGUGUGUUUACUCACCAUGGAGUUUAUGUAGGUAAUGGCGAAAUAAUACAUCUUGGACUCGAGCGUAAAGACAAUCCAAGAAAUCUUCCGAGUUUGUUAUCAGCACCCGGAAGAUGUGAAGUCAGAAAAGAUAAAUUAACAGAUGUCGCAAAACACUCAGAUGUUAGUGUGAAUAACAGAUAUGACAACACAAUACAACCAUUUACAAAAACAGAAAUUGUGAAAAGGGCAUACAGGCGCCUCGGUGAGAAAGGCUACAAUCCGCUCUUUUAUAACUGCGAACAUUUUGCUACAGAGUGCAGAUACGGGAAACCUCUCAGUAGCCAGAUUGAGAGGUUAGAAGAGGUCGGAAAACUUGUUGUGGACACAGGACUUGAACUUAUAAAGGACAGAGCAUUUCCUGCUGGAAUUAAACAGCUGUUUUAGAAUAUCGCGUUUGAUAUCUAAAAUGGAAAACACGUUUGUCGUUAAAAAUGAAUUUAUACUAUACAUUACUAAAAUAACAUUAUUCCUUUCGUGUAUCAGAGUUUUUUUCUGUGGACUUUGGUAAAAGUUUAUAUCCCACAGAAGGCUUGAAAAUUGCAACACGUUUGCCAUUUUGCCAGAAAGUAUUGUGAAUAGUAUCAUUUGAAGCAGUAUACAUUUGAAAAUAAAAUAAACCGGUAUGCGAUGAUUUGAUGAGAUAAAGGAGGUCAAUAACAAUGAAAAGGACUCUCUCUUGAUGUCGGUUUCCUGACAAUGUGUUUCUGAAAGGUGUAGACAAGGAGUACAUCGGUAUUUCUUCAUCUCAAGGCACAUACUGAAGAGGUUUAUUCCAAAUACGAGUAAUAUAUAAUGCAAUGAUCUUGAAAAAUGUACAUAAAAAGCUAUGAUUUAAAAAAUAAUCUAAUUAG